AUGGAGAUUUUAGAGCCAUCACAAGUGGACAUGCGUGAAUCAUUACGUGACGUCAAAUUGUCUGUAACAAUGGAAUUAACUGAAGAGAAAAAUACAACCGCUAGAUGUUUGUUUACCGACUACUAUUUCAAUCGAAAUCGCUUUCAACUGAAUGGCGAAAUGAAUGGCAUGAAGAACACUAAUAAGGUCGAUGGCAAAUGCAUUUUUACACAGCGCCCAUUCAGGAAAUACACAACGAGAGAUGUUGUCCGUUGUUUCGAUUCGUUAUCGGUCAAACGGCAAAGACAACCGAUGCAUAUUGCUUUUAUAGGCGAUUCGACCAUACGUCAGCACUUUGUCAGUUUUCUCAGGCUAUUUCCUGACCACGACAGCCAAAUUACGACGCAAUUUAACAGGUUCGCCUAUAAAAAUUGGAGUAUGCAACAUCACGAUGAUCGCAACGUUACGAGUCAGCUGUUGGGUAAUUUACGCAUUUCUUUCUUCUGGCGAAAUCUUAUCAAUAACGAGUUGAUUGCUGAUUUCAAACGAUGGGCAUCGACUGACGACGACAGUCAAGCACCAGACUAUAUUUUUUUAGGCUUGACAGUUCAUCACAUUAUAGAGAACGACCUGAUCACAUUCAAGGGAUUACUAGAAACAAGUCUAGUGCCAUUGAUUAAUCAGAGCCUAGCCACACAUCGGCAUCAAAGAAUUAUUUGGCUGCGUCUUCAUACUGCAAUUGAUCAAUUCUAUCAAUAUUAUGGAGGUUUUUAUACGGAAACGGUUACCAUGUACAACGAAGCCAUCGAGCGUAUCCUGAAGAGUACGAAAGUAAUGAUGUGGGAUACCAUCGUCGCUAUCGUCGAGGAAUAUCUGCGUGCGUGCGCCUUAACCGCAUACACUCGCCACGAUUUCGAUCAAGUCUUAAUCGAUAAAUGGAUGGAUCGAGGGUACAUGAAUUGCAACGAUUUCGUACAUCCAGGAAUGACUGUGAUAGCCAUUGGUACACAACUCAUGAUCAAUCACAUGUGUGAAACUGUUGCCUAA